AGGGUUUCUGCACUCGCUCACCCGCCAUCUGUUAGAGCUCUCUCUCUUCACUGCAGUUGGAGCGCCACCAGGGAGGUGGCUGCAGGAUGUGGAUCUGUUGAAGUGAGGUGCGUUGGGGACUGGCGGUGCCCACACCCUGGUCGAGUUGAUCCCCAAGUGACACGCUGCCAGCAGCUCAGGAGCACGCGUUCUGAUGGAGUUCAGGGCACAGGCAGUAAGAUUUGCAUCCCUUAAUGGCCUCUGAGAGUCCUAUCUGUUGCUUUCUCAGCCUCUGCGCGCCCCCCAUUUAGGCACCUCACGAUUGAGGAGUCUGGAUGGGAUGAGAAAUGAGUCUCUUUUUUUGGCAGCAUGCUACGUGCAGGGUGCUUGCUCACGCUCUUAACUUUUCCCAGUGAGAGAAAUCAUGGGUGGUGAAAAUCCCUCUGGCCAGUAGGAGCGUUACUUUGGGAGAAAGCGGUGUGUUGGAACUUAUCUGGAGAUCUGGACUUCCACGUGGGCCGUCUGGUCCAUGAGAGAUUGCCUACCACAGGGUUUUCAAAGGCUCCCUGAUCGCUGUGGAGAGGGGCUGAAGCUAGGUCACAGGCAACAACUGGGACUGAGUUCUCAAUUUCAAAUUAUAGACAACUCUCUGGUAAACACUUCUAACCACAUAGUUUCAAGUCACAACUCGAAGUGAGCAUCCUGCCAAGAAGACUGUUUCUCACCACAAGUUGCAGUGUGGUCUCAGCAUCUUCUCCCCUUGUGGUGGGUACACAGGAAGGACUUAACACACGCUCAGCCGUAGGUCGAAAUUGAUUGGACGUUUCUUGUCUCAGUUUUAAAUUGGGAGCUCAAGACAUGCCUAAAAUUUUCACAUGAAGCAGGACGUUCCUUCUCUGACCAGGAACCUUUAUAAGUUGAAGGCUUCAGAUUCAUUUCUGUGCUAAAUGAAAAGUCCUAAUUAUAUGAUGGGGUUGAUCUGAGAUCGGUGGGCUCAUCACAACCUGGAGAUGAAUGAAUCCCACAAUUAUAAAUUUAAACUCAGAAAUCAUGCUACUUCUAUACCAGGACAAAAGAAAAGACCUACAUUGAUCACAAACACAUCUGGGGAAAACCCAUCUCCAUUUUUGCUUGCCCGGUCCAUUGCUCUAGCUAUGGGAAUCCGUUUCAUUGUGAUGGUGACCAUAUGCAGUGCCAUGAUCAUAAACUCAUUAUUCAAUCAAGCAGCUCCAGUUUUUGUGAACGAAACUUACUGUGGCCCAUGUCCUCAAAACUGGAUAUGUUAUAGAAACAACUGCUACCAAUUUUUUAGUGAGAGAAAAAGUUGGCUUCAGAGCCAAGCUUCUUGUAUGUCCCAAAAUUCCAGUCUCCUGAAGAUAUAUAGCAAAGAAGAACAGGAUUUCCUUAAACUGGUGAAGUCCUAUCAUUGGAUGGGACUCGUACAAAAUCCAGCAGAUGGAUCCUGGCAGUGGGAAGAUGGCUCCAUUCUCUCUCCCAAUCAACUAACCUUGGUUAAAAUGGAGAAUGGAACCUGUGCGGUUUACGGCUCCAAUUUUAAAGGUUACACAGAAGACUGUUUGACUCCAAACACAUACAUCUGCAUGCGGAGGAUUGUGUGAAGACUUUAUUGUUUAUAAAAUAUAAAGAAUUCAAAAGCAAAAAUGCCAUUUUCUGAGUGUUCACCAUGAAGAAAACAUCUAGAAGAAAAUUUCACCAAUAUUGAUGUAUUUUUAUCUGACAUGCCGUAAACCCUAAUCAGCAGCAAAUAAGGUCUAACAAUUAAAGACUUUAUCUUCUAUAACAUGUUUUGUAUAAUUUUCAAGUAAUUGAAUGGUGAACAAAUUCAUUCUUAAGUUUAAUAAAUUGUUGAUAAUACCUACCAUUGA